AUCGGCAACCAAUAAACAAGUAUUUGGUACACACCCAGACCUAAACGAGAGCUUGUUAUAAUGAGAAUAUAUGAGAGCUAGAUUAUAGAUGAUAUGUGAAAGAUUCAUGAUAACGUGAAUUCAGCAAAACCAAAGCCUAUAUAUGCGAGCUAUCUUUUAUGGUGGGUAAAACUUUCUUGAUCAAGCAUACUGCAUAAAGGCAUGAAUUAACUCCAAAUACUAACGAAAUUUUCAGAUUUCCGAAUUUAGGAUCGACACUUCAUCAUCCUGCCUUCGUAUAUCUAGCCUGGGGAAAUGUUACCCGACAAAUUUAUGCACUAGGAAACAUUUGCUGGAAUUGCUAAUGAAAUCAAUGACCUUAUUAAGGAAAGCUUUCCUUUCUGUACACUUAUCAAAUAAACUUUUAAGUCAUUUUAGUCCUGAUAAACAUUUUCUUAAUUUGUGGGUGGCCAAAGAUACAGUAGCUGUUGAGCGGCAAGAGAAAAACAAGUUUUCCAUAACAGAUGGUAUAGUCGUUAUAUUCAUUGUCAGAUCUAGGAUUGAGUCUUUAGGUUUUGUUCAUGAAUAAACAAUUAGCCAUAAAACAAGCGGUAUUUCAACCUACACAUUAAAUUCGACAUCAUGCCGCACACCCUGCCAAUUCACGAAAUUCUUCGUUGAUAAGACAAAUGAUUUUUAAACCACCAAUUGUAUUAGCAGAGCAAAGAAACAUGCAUUAGAUACAAGCAAAGCGACAUGUUGAUUGUACCAACAUGGAGCGUGACAAGUGUUUUCCUAGCAGAGGUAUAUUUCUUUACAAUUAUGCGGGUGAUAUUGGAAAGUCUGACCGAUACGGACGAAUUUGCUCCAAAAUUCUUCACUGCAAAAAUUUGGAACUCAUCAUAACAAAAUUAUUCUUUUUGGGAACGAGCGCCUUGUCCGAUUUCAUGAAAUCACGCGCAUUAUAAGCACGGAAACAUUUUUGGCAAUUUCAAGAGCAGCUCAUUCAAUAAGUCAAGUUUUGUUGGGAAGGAAGUCCUGAAAAAAGAGAAAAAUCUUAAUGAUUGGGCUCCAUUUUUAUUAUUGUUUUAGGCCAAGUUUUUAUGCGAGCUAUUCUGAUGAAAUAAAACUUGUCUUUUAAUCUAACUAGUGCUCUCCCAUUACCCAGUCUUUCCUCCCUAGCAACCCUCCAAUGCCUAAAAGAAGUGCAUCAAUCAUACCAAUACCUAUAAUAUUAAACAUGCUUGUUUUUAUUUAAUUUCUUUCCCUUUUUCCAUAGGUACAGUGUCAGCUGUAUAGACACAACAGAUACCGUAGUUUGAAUUAUCGUCAGUAUGUGCCUAUAAACGGAGGCUAUCAGUUGCCUCGUUAUCGACCGAAUUAUCUAGCAGCACAAGCCGGACAACCCAACGCACCGUUUGGUACUCGCCGUCCAUUGCAGGGACGCUUCAAUAAUCUGAACGGAGGGAACCCAUAUCGGCCAGUUGGCUAUGGAAAUUACUUGAGACAGCUAAACCAAGGCUAUCUGCCGCAAGGCCAAAAAAAUACCGCCUUCCAGUUCUCCCCGUACAAGACAGGGUUUCCAUUGGGUGCCCAGAUACCCGGCUAUUCCCCCAACCAUUCACCUUUGCCGUUGUCAGCGCCAAGCUUGUAUGGUUACGGAGGCUACCAGGUCGACCGUUGGGGACAGUGGAGCAGUUGGUCCCAGUGCUCUCGUAGCUGCAACGGUGGAGUCCAAGAAAGGACAAGAAACUGCUUGACUGCCAAAUUGUCAAUGACCCUCAGCUUGUACAAGGGACAAGGUGAUCAUGGAAACUGCCCUGGUUUCGGCAAAGAGUUCCAACCUUGCAACACAAAACCUUGUGUAUCAGUGAAAUCUUUUGAAGAUCAGAAAUAUGAUGCAAGAGAAAACCAGUGUUCUCGUUUCGACAAAAAAGAGUACCUUGGGCAGAAAUAUGUUUGGCUUCCAUAUAUCAGAGAGGGACUAAGUGAAUGCAGAUUGUAUUGCAUGGCCAAAGGGUUUCGAAUGUUUGUCGAGUUGGCAAAUAGAGUUGACGAGGGAACACCCUGUGGCAAGAAAGGGAACGAGGCUUGCUUUAAUGGAAUUUGCUCGAGAGCCAAACCAAAUAAACAACCAAUUCAACCUGUUGCUGCAAUUGGCAGCAAGCAUGACUCAAGUACACAAAACAAACAAACCCAUCCUUCAACACUUUUCGUCGGUAACAGGCCCCCUCCUGGCUUGAAUCUUGGUGACCGAGUCCUUGCUGGACAGCCCAAGGGCUACCUGCCGCUAGGCCAACGACUUUGGCAGCAAAACCAUGGUCAGUACCCUCAUGUGCAAAGCCGCUUUCCACCUAAUGUACAGCAGCCGGGAUUUCAUCAGGGAGGCGGUGCACAGAAUCAAAGGCGUCUACCUCAAAACUCAAAUUUAAGGGCACUAAAUGGCCACGGUGGGCAUGUUUUCCAACAGUACUUGCAGAAAAAUACAAAAACUGGACUGGGACUGCAAACAAACAAACCAAAAUCCCAAAAAGUUUCCAAGGUCGUAUCCGGUCAUUACAACACGAGAGAAGGACUAAAACUAGGGUAUAAUACUAUUUUCAAAAUUCCUGUUGGAGCUUCAAACAUCAAAGUACAGGAGGCUAGGCCGUCACCAAAUUAUUUAGCCCUAAAGGUUGGCGAUGAUUACCUAGUGAACGGAAGAUGGAGCAUCACACUCAAAAAGGACGUCAAAGCCGCCGGAACAACAAUAAGAUAUCGCCUUGGGAAGGGACCUGGAGGCAAGGAAACCAUUACAGCAGAGGGACCUACCACAAAGGAACUGCAGAUUGUGCUUUUAUUUCAACAAGGACCACCAGAAGUAUCCUUCAAUUAUACACUUAAGGUGCGUGAGUCACAAAACGCCAGAGUUUUCAAAGCAGCAGCCGUCUCUGUCCGUCAAUCAGAUGUAAGAACAAGAGGAAGGAAAGCACGGCCAACAUUGCACUGGAGUGUUGCCGGGUGGACUAAAUGUUCCACGCCAUGUGGUGGAGGUGAGCAGCAGUUGAACAUACGAUGUGUGGCUGUGUACCCAAGCAAACGCACCAAAAUCGUUAAGAGCUCAUAUUGUCACACACUGAAAAAGCCGUUGCAGAGAAAAAGAGUCUGCAAUAUGCAGCCAUGCAGACCAAGAUGGGUAUUAUUACCCUGGAAGCCGUGCAGCCAAACUUGCGGCGAAGGAGCCACCCAAACAAGAGAUAUUCGCUGUGUUAGAGUUGUAUUAACGCCGCAAGGAAAGGUUGAAGUGGAUGCGCCUCACUAUGAGUGUGGGCCUAGUCCAGCCAUACGCAAGGCAUGCCCGUUUGUUUCUUGCUAUAGAUGGAAGAGCAAAGCCUGGUCUCAGUGCUCAAGAAGUUGUGACAAAGGUGUGCAAACGCGCAAAUCAUAUUGCACUUCCGGGGAAACGAUCGUCGAAGAGCAGCUAUGCGAUAAAGAAAGGAAACCAGAGCGGGCAAGAGUUUGUAACCUUAGGCCAUGCCAAGCAGUGUGGUUCAUGGGCACCUGGAACACGUGUGACAAACUCUGCGGUGAAGGAACAGAGAAACGUUUGGUGUUCUGUGCUGGGAAAGAUGGAUCAGCGUUGUCGGAAUCGUUCUGUAAAGGCCAGCCGAAACCAGCUCCGACUAGACCUUGCAACACCAAAAAAUGCGAUGGUGUUUGGUUCACGUCAAACUGGACGCAGUGUUCGAGUGAGUGCGGCCCUGGUGAGUACACGAGAAUGGUCGUUUGUCUGAGCAAGGAAAACAACUCCAUGAUUCAAGUGUCUGACAGCAACUGUGACUUGCGUACAAAACCAUCCUCUACUAGGCCAUGUAGCGCUGGUCCCUGCCAUUCAAAAUGGUUGACCACAGAAUGGAGUCAUUGCUCACGAACUUGCGGGAGAGGAAUACGAACCAGGCUGAUCAACUGUAUGCUGAAGGAUGGUCAAAUUGGGCGCGGCUGCCAAGUCGAAACAAGGCCAAGCUCUGCGAUGAUAUGUCAAAUAAGGGCUUGCGAAAAUGAAAUAAAUGAAAGUAGACCAGUACCAGAAGAGGGAGAAGCCCUGAACAAAUUAAAAUCUACUCAAGCCACUAAUGCAAAUACGCAAGUUGAUAGUACAGAGGCGACAUUUUCAGUUUCAUCAACGUCUAGAGACACUUUAAGGCCGACCUCCAUAAGCGACUACGAAACAAGAGAGCCUACAACGAUAUUGAGAAUGCUUACUGCCUCUGCUAAGGCUUCAACCGACAGGGUUCAAGCUACUUCUAGCAAAGAGGCAUCAAAAAGCUUUGCCGCUGCGGAAAUUGCUUAUGUACCUCAAUAUGCUAGGAGAUUUACCUUUAACCUUAUUCCCAAGCAAGUUAAAACUACAUUAAAGACGACGAUAAGGUCCACGACUGUGCCAACAACGAUCACAACUAAGCCAGUGGAAGUUUGCAGUGACACAUUUAAACGUGCUUAUUGCUCAGUUAUACUUAGAAUCGGGUUUUGCAAAUUCACUACUUAUAGAAAACGAUGUUGCCAAUCAUGCAAGAAGAGAUAAUUGCGAUUAUGUUUCAUAAAUACAGUAUAUCCAGUCGGUAGUUGCUAGGGCAACAGAUUCUGCCUCCCUUUCGUGACGAUGAGACGCGAUAUCUACAGUGCUAUCGAGAUAGAUUUGUGCAGAGUUAUAGGGUCGAUUUAUAAUCCAUUGUCCCCAUUGGUAUUUACGAACGACUUGGCUGUGUUGAAUAGACUCGUAUUGGUACACAACUCAUAAUACACCAUACAGGCUAUUGGAAAUAUCCAAAGAGGGCAUACAGGAACUGUCCAAAUGAAAGAAAAAUCACAAGCGUGACAGCCCAAAAUAUGCAUCUCCAACAAGUGAAUUUUUUCAAAUCCUUGCACCAUAGCCCGAAAUUUGCAUCUUUCAACAAGUGAGCUUGUUCAAAUCCUUGCACAAAUAUAACCCUAUGUUGCUAUCGUUAAAAUAGUACCACGCUGAUAACACUUGGAAAGAAAUCGGUACCAAGUUGCAAGUGUAGAUUGAAGAGUAAGAAAUACUCGCCCAAAUUUAUCACUAAUACUGCAUACUUGAUACAACUGGCUACGAAAUGCACAAUUUUAAUGAUAGUGAACAAGCACUGCCAAAAAAGGGACAUUGAUUUCCAAAGACUGUUGUUUCAAGGCAGAAGAAACUGUAGUUGGGAAAAUUUACUGUAUAUUAGAGACUUGGUAAUUAGACUUAAAGAAUUUAUAUGCUAUUUAUAAUAUUUUAUAGCAGUUAUAGUGUAAUCUGUGUGCAAAUGCACUCAUUGUAUUGUCUACCGUCUGUAAAUAGUCAAGGGUAGUUUGCUAAAUGUAUUUUCAUGAUUUGCAAGCCUUGUGAGAAAUUUUAAGUAUUUCAACCAAUUUAAAAUAUCAAAUUUUGUAGGCAUUGCAAUUUGAUUUCAAAAAUAUUUUCAUCGACCUUUGAACACGAUUUUUUAAUGCCUUCGCGCUAUAUCAUCUUUCUUAAUAAAGAUAUCGAUUAACAUUUAGCCAUUGUUUUUCGUUAGGCUUCUUUCGUGACAAACAAUUGAUAAAUCAAUGGCUCUUGAAUUUAAAUACAGAUGUUUUUUUCAAUUUUUCUUUUUCUUGUUAGCUUUACAGUUUAUUGUGACGUGCGAAAUUUAUUUUUAAGUAAUAGCAGAAUAUUUACUUUUAAGUUGGUACAUUUGUUAUUAAGUUUGAUUCACGGUUUUUAUUUAUGUAAGCUAUUCAUCGUUUAUAAAAUACUUUUUACAGGAUGUUUGUUCUCUGUAUUCUGGAAGAAAAUGUGGGCAACAGUUAUAGAAAUUUGUGUAAAAAAUGUAAGCCUGGACCUGUAACUGACGUUUUACUCUAACCUUAUACAUUGACCUUUAAUCCUAUCCCAUUGCUUCUGACCCUGUUUUCGACAAUACGGUCCGGCCUUAACAUUAUCCUGUAACGUAUCCAAUCUGAUUGAUGUGUUUAUUCACGAGAAAAUAUCUCUGUGAAAGCGUCGCUAUGUGAAAACUUCAAGGAAUCGUGAACUGACAAUAUCUCUCGAUGCUAAAGUUUUUAAUGCUCAAGUUCUAUCCACUGGUUAUUGUAAACUUUUAAGGAAAUCAAUCUAUCAGCGUAACAGUUCACCAUUGGAAGCUUUGCAUCAUAAGGGUAAAGGUAAACAUUUCAUAACGCUUUUAUUAUAAGCAACCAUUGAGCCACGUGCAUUGAGCCAGCGCUUUUUUUGUCAAGAGAUUAAGAAAUUAAAAGGUACAUUUCACUGAAUAUUUAGAUCUGUCGUGUUUAAACAGCCUUAUUACAGUUGACUAAGGCCUCAUAAGUAAAAUGUCUUGUGCUCAAAAGAUUUAUACUCCUUAUAUGCCUGAAAUUGUAUCACCGUGUAUAACUUCCCGUUGAAUGAUAAAAAGCUUACUAUAAAGCUGAGAAACAUACCUGUUCAUGAAUUCUCCAUAAGUAGUUGAUGAUUUAAUUUAGAUCUGAAAAUUUUUGCUCCAUCUUGGACUUUCUGUAUUGCAUUCAUGCAUAUAUUUUAGUUAAAUCUAUUAUAAUGUUUUGUCUUAAA